GAUAUAAAUACACAACACACUGAAGAGGAGAGACUAAAACCGUCCCUACAGCAGACAAGGACAUUUGACAAGAUGGGGUUUUCUCUGACCGUGGUCCUCCUGGCUGCAUGCUCCUGCCUGGUGGAUGUAGCUCUCACUGAAGGAAGGGUGAAAGGAUACUCAGCAUCGCUCCGUUCCAGGCGUAUGACUGGGGGGGUCCUGGCCCCUCACGUUCCCUGGCAGGCCAUGGUCUACAUUGCCGACAACAUACUGGACGGAGGCUUCGCAAGCGGGGCGCUCAUCUCUGAGCGGUGGGUGCUGACGACCGGGAGAAAUGUUUUCGUCAGGAAGAGUCGAGAGGACAUUCAGGGAAAGGAUCCCGUCAAGCCCAAAGUGUACCUGGGAAUCUCACGAAGGGACAAAGCCGACGCAUCCAAAGAGGUUGCUGUAGAGAAGGUUGUUCUUCAUCCAGGCUUCCAGAACCAGUCUGACUGGGACAACGACCUGGCUCUGAUCCGGCUGAAGGAACCUGUUGCCAUGAGCGAUAAAGUGACACCUAUCCCACUCCCAGAGGGAGACCAACACCUGGCCGACAUCGUGGGCGGCUCAGGGGCCAUCGCCGGCUGGGGCUGGGGGAUCCUCUUCACACCCGCCGACUCACUCAAACACCUCAUCCUCCCUCUGGCAAAUCACUCUGACUGCAAAGCAGAAUAUGAACGGAUUUCAUUCACUCCAGCUGUAGAUGACAACAUGUUCUGCACCGGUCCCACAAAGCUUGAUGAGAACGUUUGUUUCGGCGAUGCAGGAGGCGCUCUGGCCGUCACGGAUGCUGAAACCGGGGCCGUCUACGCCGCAGGAAUCCUUUCUUAUGACAAAGCCUGCACCAGGUACAGGUACGCGGUCUACAUGAAGAUUUCCUCGUAUUUGCCCUGGAUCCACAGCGUCAUCAGGGGGGAUACGGAGAACUCGGCCGCUCUCCGCUCGGAUGCAAUGUCCAAGAUGUUCUCCAGGCUCCCGUAGAGCUGCAGAUUGUGUUCUUUUGAUGUGGUGGUAUAAUCGUUGUGAUGUACCGAGUCUGUGAAUUUCAUUAAAUGUUUCUAAUGUA